AUGACGGUUUUAUAUUCCGUCAUUGCAGUGAGACUUUGGAAUUCCGAAUUGAAUUAUUCAACCAAUUACAAGAAAAAUAGAAGAAAGGAACCCAUAACGGAUAGCAGGAAUUCUAUAUCGUCAAAUAAUACAACGUCAUAUAGUUUCGAUAGAAAAAAUAUAAAUUAUUCAAUGAGGAGGCAAACAACGACGGGAGAAAGAAUAAAUCACUCACCGCAUUAUCAUCAAGUUUAUCAAUAUAAUCCGGGAAGAAAUGUGAAAAAAAAUUCCCAUUAUAGAUCAAGUAAAAACAUAUUGAAAGCACGAAGGAGAGUUAUAAGAAUGUUAACAAUGGUCGUAUUAGCGUUCGCCAUUUGCAAUUUGCCAUUUCACGCGAGAAAAAUGUGGCAAUAUUGGUCUACGCAAUACGAUGGAACAUCCUCAUUCAGUUCUCUAUUCACUCCUAUAACAUUUUUAUGUACUUACUGUAAUUCCUUGAUAAAUCCUUUGCUCUAUGCUUUCUUAUCGAAAAAUUUUCAAAAAAGCAUAAGAGAAUUAUUUACGUGUACCUGGAGUAAAAGUAAAUAUCAUUCGAAACAAAUAUCUUUUCGUCAAAAAUCACACAGAUCCGUUACGAGAAGCAUAUCGAAUAAUGGAUGA